AUGCCUGAGAAGGUUCUUAUUAAAUUCGGCGAUGAUGCUGAUGAGAUACCUAAGAUUGUGACCGCGGCGUCGUCCUCAAAUGCGAAAUCUACGAAACGAGACCAGGCACAGUCACAGUCACAGUCGCAAUCGCAAUCUGCGAAAUCUAUAGGCACGAAACGUUUAAGAGAUGGGAGUACAAAAUUGGAUUCGAAGAGGAAGAAGCUAGCGGCAGUUCCGGAUAAGGUCGCAAAUGCAAAUGCAAAUGGUGCCAAGUUAACAAAGUUAGCGCAUGCGGAGAAUGUAGAGGAUGCAGAAGAGGGUCUGAAGCAGAGUAAUAAACAAACUAGGGCUUCCAAUGUUGCGGGAAAACAAGCCAAUGCAGUCAAAUUCUCUGGAGACAAAAUGGAAGGCCGUCAGGGACAAAGUCAAAGGUCUGGAGGUGGGUUCGAUGGUGCCAAAAAUGCGGUUCCGGAUAGGCAUUUACAAAGGACGGCUAGGGAACUAGAGCCGUUUCGAAGAUCUCUUCCGGUGUACAAGAAAAUGUUCAAUCUUAAAACCGAUUUGCGCGACAAGGACGUUCUUCUCUUAACAGCAGAAACUGGUUCUGGAAAAAGUACUCAAUUACCUCAAUUCAUGCACGAUGAGCCUUGGUGCAAAAAGCAGAAGGUAAAGGUCAAGAAUGCGGCGGGACAAGAGGAGGAAAUAUCAAUUGGUGGAGUUAUAGCUAUCACUCAACCUCGUCGUGUUGCUGCUAUUACUUUGGCCCGUCGUGUGGCUGCCGAAAUGGGUUCCGCUCUUGGAUAUCAACGUACCAAUACUCCUGGAAAGGUCGGUUAUUCCGUUCGUUUCGAUACCAACACACCUCUUGGAAUGAAGAUAAAGUUUGUUACCGAGGGUACCUUGCUUCAAGAAAUGGUUCAUGAUCCAAACCUCAGAAAAUAUAGUGCUGUCAUCAUUGAUGAAAUUCACGAGAGAGGUGUCGACGUGGAUCUCAUUGCUGGAUUUCUUCGACAGAUAGUUCAUGGCGAUAAGGAAGGUCGUGGUGGUAUUCCGUUGAAAGUCGUGAUCAUGAGUGCAACUCUUGACUUGGGGGGAUACGAGGCAUUCUUUGCAAAUCCCGGAUCGCACCCUAGUUAUCAACCAGGGAAUAACUAUGGUUCGAUACUUGCACCACAUCUUGUGAACAAUGAGAGAGUCAUUGAGGCCGCGAAGCCAAUGCUGGCUGUCAAGUCGGGAAAUUCAGAAAUGACUGAAUUUGAAGAAACAGAAAACUCGGAAGAUUUAAACACUGGUGUUGCCAUCGAAGAAGUGAAGGGUAGAAAAUUCAAAGUUGACCUAUACUACGACAAGCCAGCCGACCCUAGUAACUAUCAAGAAACCAUGUUUAAACGCAUUGCAAGUAUACAUGUCACGGAACCCCUUCCCGGAGAUAUACUCGUUUUUCUAGUCGGCCAAGAAGAGAUCGAAUAUAUGCAAACUAGGCUUGAGGCACUUGGUGAGUCGCUCAGUAAAGAAGUGCCAAGGAUCAAGGUUAUACCGCUAUAUGGUGCUCUUCCACCAGAUGCUCAACAGCUGGCUUUCGAUCCAGUCAAGGAGCCUAGAACGAGGAAGAUCGUACUAGCCACCAAUAUUGCGGAAACUUCAGUAACUGUUCCAGGUGUGCGAUAUGUAGUUGAUAGCGGUAAGGCCAAGGUUAAGAAGUACCGCACAAAGUUGGGAAUGGAAUCUCUGCUCGUCGUACCAAUCUCUAAGCAGUCUGCCCUGCAAAGAAUGGGUCGUGCCGGUCGUGAGGCGUCAGGUAAAUGUUGGAGAGCAUAUGGUAAAGUCGAAUAUGAAUCAUGGCUUCAGGACGAGGUUCCUGAAAUUCUCCGUUGCGAUGUUCUAGAGGCAGUACUCAAGAUGAAAGCUCGUGGGGUCCAAGAUGUCAUUAAUUUCCCUCUCAUGGAUUCACCUGAUGUCGAAGCUAUGAAACAUGCUAUCUUUCAACUCAAUGCCAUGGGAGCUCUUGACGACGAAGGCAAUCUAACCCCCGACGGUAAAAAGAUGGCCAGUUUUCCUCUCCCCGCCGCCUAUGGCCGCGCUCUCAUCGCCUCCUCAUCACCAGAAUUCGACUGCGUCCUCGACGCCAUCGACGUGAUCUCACUUCUAACCGCCGACUCGGAAAUUUUCAUCCAACCCAAAUCCCAAGAACAAGAAGAAGAAGUAAACGCAAACCGCGCCGAUGUAAUCCGUCGCGAAGGCGAUCUCCUCACCUAUCUAACCACAAUGCAACGCUACGCCUCCGAAAACACAAAUCGUUUCCAAUGGUGUCAAUCCCGCAACAUCAGCGCACGAGCCAUGAAAUCCGCCAUGCUCAAUCGCAAACAACUGCGCCAACUAAGCGUAACCCACCAUCUCAUCGACGCACUUCCACCCCCGGACCCGCAACCCUUUGAACCCGCUACCCCCGAGAGAGCAGAAUGUCUAAUCCGAGCAUUCUUGAAGGCGUUUGGUGAUCGCACGGCGACGUUGGCGCCGGAUGGUAGUUAUAUGACGACGAAGGGGAAAAAUGCCGUGGUGAUUCAUCCGCAGAGUGUGUUGUGGGGGAGGAAAAUGGAGGCGAUUAUGUUUUUGGAAAAUGUUUUUAGUACGAGGAAUUGGGCGAAGAAGGUUAGUGUGGUGCAGGCGGAUUGGGUGGUGGAGGCGUUGGGGGGGUGGACGUGA